CCCACACACACGCGCGCACGCACUUACGCACACUCCCUCUCUCUGCAACUUGCUCUCAUCCUCUUCGGAUACGCGCUCCGCCCUUUUUAUGUAUCCCGACUCCCUCCGCCCCGACUUAAUCCAAAUCUGAACUCCCCGUCUCCGAACCCUAAUUCGAAUGGCGACGGAGGAGGAGGCGGCGGCGCCCGCGAGGGAGAUGCCAACGGUGGAACCGCAGGUGUGGAAGGCCUGCGCCGGCACGGCCGCGCGCAUCCCCGCCGUGGGAUCCCGCGUGUACUACUUCCCCCAGGGCCACGCCGAGCAGGCCGGCUCCCGGCCUGACUUCUCCACCCUCCCGUCCCUCUUUAACGCCGUCCUCUGUCGGAUCUCCGCCGUCCGCCUCCACGCUAGUCCUGACACGGACGAGGUUUUCGCUUGCAUCAGCCUCGACCCCCGCGUUCCUUCCGCCGACGUGCCGCUGCCGGGGUAUAUGACCCCCUCCUCUUGCCCGUCACUGCCGGAGGUCGCAGAUGGAGGCGGCGGUGGCUUCGUCUCCUUCGCCAAGAUCCUCACCCCCAGCGACGCUAACAAUGGGGGCGGGUUUUCGGUGCCGAGGUUCUGCGCUGACUCGAUCUUUCCCCGUCUCGACUUCAACGCCUAUCCGCCGGCGCAGUUCAUCUUGGUCUACGACGUCCACGGGAAUCACUGGAAGUUUCGGCACAUCUACCGUGGGACUCCGCGGCGCCAUCUCCUGACCACCGGAUGGAGCAAGUUCGUUAACUCUAAGAAGCUCAUCGCCGGCGACUCGGUGGUGUUCAUGAGAAACUCAUCUGGCCAGAUCUUGGUUGGCAUCCGCCGCACCAGCCGUUUCUGCGGCCCUGUGGACUAUUCUCCCUGCGGCCCAUCAGCCGCGGCCUUAGUGAAUAGAGGUAGCCUCCUCGCCGGUACCGAGGGAUUCUCUAGCAACGCUAGAGGUAGAGUUCCCGCCACAUCGGUGGUGGCGGCGGUUAGAUUGGCUGGGAUGGAUCUCCCUUUCAAGGUCUUAUACUACGCGAGGGCUGGAUCUUCAGACUUUGUGGUGGCGGCGGAAUCAGUGGAAGUUGCGAUGAGCGUGCGUUGGACUACUGGAAUGCGGGUUAGGAUGUCGGUGGAGACGGAGGACUCAGCGAGGAUGACUUGGUACGAGGGCAGAGUAUCCUCAGUGAGGAUGAAUAGCGUGGACCUGUGGCCACGCUCGCCAUGGCGAAUGCUUGAGGUUACCUGGGAUGAACCAGAGAUUUUGCAAAACGUGGGAAAUGUUAGUCCCUGGCAGGUGGUGUUGGUUUCUGCUAGUCCUCAGAUAGAAUCUCAAUUUUCUGUUAUAAAGAGAAUCAAGAUGCUCGAAAGUUCAGAAUUUUGUGGUGAUAGAGAGGGUGACAUGCUCUUCCCAGUGACAGAAUUGAAGAGCACAAUUGUCGGCAGUCUACCCUCCUCUGUGUUCAGUUACAGUGUAUUUCCUGCUGGCAUGCAGGGAGCCAGGCAUUAUUCCAUUGGUACACCCAAUUUAUGUGACUCCAUAAUGAAUACCAAUCGAAGAGUUCUCAAUGACUUACAAGGUGUUAAUGCAUUACGAAAGGAUGAUGUAUUCGUGGAAUUAAAAAUUGGGGGUACUUCACAAUCAGGAGGAUCAUCUCCUCCUAGCCAGGGUGGCAUCCAGGUUUUAGACAGAAAGAUACCUGAACCAGGAAGUGAUCCUGUUAAAAAAACUAGUACAGGAUCAAUCCAGCUGUUUGGUCAAGUAAUCCAUAUAGACCAACCCACUAAUGUUGAUGCCAACAGAGAGUCUGAAGACACUGAAGGUGGAGAUGGAUCACAUGGUUCUUCUUUUCACUAUCCGCAUAAGCAGUUGGUCAUUCAAUGUCCAAGAGUUUCUGCUAUAGGAGCUUGUCAGUGAAAAAGAUGAUGCUUGUGUUUCCAUGAUGCUUCUCCCAGGUGUGCUUUUUUAGAUGCUUGCCCCAUAUAUGACUCAAUUUAAAAGUGUACUGCCUUGUCCCCAUCAUCAUCUAUCUAUGUGGAUUAACCUAGUAGUGAUGCUAAUCGCUUCUUUGUGAUGCUGUUGAAUGAACCCAUUUUAGUCAUGAUGUUGUAAUUGCUUUGGAGACCCCAUCUCUUUGGGAUUUUUUCAGCUUCGAGUGUUUAAAUUUAGUUUUUUCUCUUAUGGUUUGUGUGGUUGAACUUCAUUACUGUAUGACAGCUUUAGUUGUUUUGAGGACACCUCCCUAAUCCGUGUUUUA